GAUUUGACCUAAUAAUAUUUUAGCUAUAUAGGUGCUUAAAUAAAUGUCCACGAAUCUGAAAGAAAUUGAUACAACUAUAAUUUAUUGGAAAUGUAUACAAGAGGAUGGGCUAGAUCUUGAAUAUGCAAAAGUAAUACCUAGACCAAUCGCCAACAGUUUAUACAAUGAACUUGAAGGUACUUUGGAAUAUUUCACUGGAGAUUUAUCGAAAAUUAAAGUAUUCGGUAAAGUUUACCCAUUGCCUAGGCAACAAGUUGCAUAUGGCAAUCCAGGCAUAACUUACACUUAUUCGGGUAUCACUGUACCAGCUUUGCCUUGGCCCGCACCUGUAAUCGAGUUGAGGAAUUUGCUCUUCAGAAUUAAAGGAGUACUUUACGACUUCGUAUUAGUAAAUAAAUAUAAAAAUGGGAACGAUCAUAUGGGCGAACACCGGGACAACGAACCGGAAUUAGAUCCUAACUACCCUAUAGCCUCAGUAUCAUUGGGCCAAGAGAGACCUUUUGUGAUGAAGCAUAAAGAUGCUAGGAAGCCAGGAUUAAAUAGAAAACAAAUUUCGCCAGAGAAGGCGUCAUCAGCGACUUUACCAAGACAGAAGACGGAACAGAAGAAGCCUGAGACAGGGCCCAAGCUUUCCUCACACUCGUCUUUCUCAAAAUUCGAAGAGAAGCGGCUUCGCCAAAGCGAAACACUGAAGAAGGCCAACUUGCUCAAGUUCAGUGUUUUUAAGAAAAGCAGCACAGAUGACCACGAAUCGGAGAGACGGUCCCAAGAGUUCAAGAUACCGUCGGCGGUGAACGAAGGUAUGAAGCGCGACUUUCGUGUUCGUUUCCCGAACCUACCGGCGCAAGUGGACCGCGACACUCGCUUGUUCGUGCACAGCUUUAUAAUGGACGUUAUUAAGUGCUCCGACGUUAUGACGGUCGAUGAGCUGUCUGAGAGGGUCCAGCGGCAAUAUCAGCGUUUCAUGCGUCACAUGGACACGUCGCAGCACUACGCCAACAUGGAGUCCGAGACUAAAGAAUUACUCAUGGACUUUGUCGAGAAGCAUGCAAUGACCUAUUUACAUCAGUUACCAGGUGUUGUGUUCUCUCCAGCUGGUACGGACGACGAACGAGCGGACAGGACGAUGUCGGAACGAAUUCAGCAGCUUAGCUGGGUGGGCGAGAAACAUCUUGAGUGCAAUCUGGACAGGAAUGACCCUAACUGCAGGCAGCUGCUUUAUAAAGCUAUCAGUGAGCUGCUGGGCAUGGAUGGGUGUGCAGCGCCUGGCGGCAAGCUGGCGCGCGUGCGGCGCUGCUGCCGGCACGUGCUGGCGCUGUGCGGCGCGCCCGCCUCCGCCGACGAGCUGCUGCCCUGCCUCAUCUUCACUGUCUUGAAAGCGAACCCGCCACGACUCGUGAGCAACAUUAACUUCGUAACGCGGUUCUGCAACGCUCAGCGUCUCAUGACAGGCGAGGGCGGUUACUACUUCACUAACUUGUGCUGCGCGGUGUCGUUCAUCGAGAACCUGACAGCGGAGUCGCUCAACAUGGAGAAGAAAGAGUUCGACUGCUACAUGGCUAUGCCGGCUUCAAUUGGUGGCAGUGCCUGGGCGGCGGCGUUGUCACUGUGUGGCGUAGUGCGUGAAGUAGAGGAGCUUCGCGAGGAGACGGAGCGCAUGCGCAAGGAAGUAAGCAGCCUGUGUGAUGGAGCGAACGCGCUUGAAGAAAACGCGCGCACCUUUGAGGAACAAAUAGCCAAGAAAGUCAAAGACGUGCUUGCUAAGACACCAUUAGAAAUCAAACCAAGGCGCGAGCUACCUCAGAUUGGGAAAUUUAAAAAUAUCAUCACUGCACCCCUAAUAGAUUUGGAAACACCAGCUGCAGACACAGUGCCUCAAGAAGUACCAACUUCUCAUCAACAAAUCGCUCCAAAUCAAAUGAGCCAAGCGGAAAACGAGCAAGAGAUACCAGUGUUAAAUACAAUAGAAGUCCAAAGCACAGACCAGCAGGAUAUCCUAGAUUUCCAAGUCCCAGAUAAACCUUCUCCAUCUAAAUCCCCACACAAUCUUGACGAGAAAUGGGAUUUGAAGCAGACAAACUCAAUGGAACUACUAACACCAUCCCCUUUGGGUUUCACCCCUUUCGACUCGAGAUCUAUCGAUGAGCUGAACACACCAGAGGAUUUUGGUGCGGAGAAUAUAGCACCCGGCUUAAGCAAUAUUAACUAUGACAUUGAUCUUUCAGAUUUUAGUGGAGAUAACAGUCUGGCUGAGGACGCCCCAAAAUAUGAACCAAAGGACCCUUUCAGUCCAGAUGGCAUAAAGAAGGAUGCUUUCGACCCUUUCGCGCCGUUACCUCCUCGAGGUGAAUACUGUGCCGUAUUAGAGACAUUUGAUGAGUUUUCUUUGGUUGAUUCAAAACAUGAAGUUUCAGAAGCGUUUGAAGUUGUUCAUAGGGGGCAAGAUCCAAUCAACCCCGUGUUAACUGGUGAGACAAGCAGAAACCCUUUCAGUCCUACACGUAAGGAGCCAACUUCCAUAUUAGAUGAUAACGAUUCACCAACUUCUGCAUGUCUUCUACCAUCACCAUUGCAGCCACAGAGCAGUAAACCAGCUUAGCUGUUAACUGAGUUUGUUUGAAAUCAUAUGAGCCGAAUUAUAGUUGGAUACUACUACUCCGACGUAGCGUUGCCGUUGAUUCUAAAUUGUAAUUGAUGAUAAAUGUAGAUGUCUAUGGGCUACAGCGCAUCCCCUUACCAUCAGGUGGACCAUGUGCUUGUUGGUCACUCUCAUUCUAUAAAAAAACUUUAAUCUUUGACAUAAUAGCUUUUAAAGUUGGGGCUUUAAUGUCUUAGCAUCAAUAGAAGCUACCUAUAUUAUAUGUUUUAUUCUUUUUGAAUUUUCUUUAUUUUUGAAGGCCAGUCUAAUCAGAUCUAGUAGCAUAAUGAAGUAUAAAUGAACUGUAAAUGUUAUCCAAUUGGUGCAUUGGUGUGUCAUAGCUAAUUAUGAAAUAAAACAUCUCUGAAUUUUUACAUGUAAGAAAAUGCAUAGUUCAUUAGAAUUUAUAACUAUUAUUAAAUAAUAAAGAAUGUACGGAAUC